AUGGGCUAUAGACUACAAGCUAAAGAAUGUAUCUUCGACUACCACAUAAGAUAUCGAAGCUCAUUUAGUCUAACACAGGCCAUCUCCCAACUUCCGACCCAUCUAAGGCUUCUGCCACUCGACACUCUGGCCGAACCAGCUUUGGAUAAGUUCAAUUCGGGCAGGCCCUGCAACCUUUCCAGCUCCCCAGGAGUCUCCAAGCCACAUGGUCAUUGCAUUUUCCUCACUGGGCGGCCAGCACCACCAUUCUCAUUUGAGGCGCAUGAGUCCAGAAGCCCAGUCCCAGGUUCCUGUACGGCUGAGAUCGCGAAAGUAUUCGUUGACCACGGCGUUGGCCUGACUUGCGUUGGUGGCAGGACACAGUUCGAGGAACCGCGGCAAAAGAUUGCCGAACAUGUUGGUGAAGUCGGUGUGGUACUCGGUUACGGUGUAGUCUUGGGAGUUGCUCGCACCGGAUCGUCCUUGUUGUUGCCAGUCAGGAUUGCGACGUCCUGGCAGGAGUUCAUGCGAAGCGACUCGCCAUAUUGGUCUGCAUCCGACUUCCGCCUGGUCCAGUCUGAAUCCAUAUUGAGGACACGGGAUUAUCCUGAGGAAUGGAGUAACUUGCUUAGAAAUAAUAUGGCAAGUGGGAUAAUUGUUGAUAAUGGACGCGUCGUCUUUGACCAUGGUCACAUCAGCGGAUCUUUGAGCAUUGUGAUUAGGCCCAGCCGAAGUGCACAGCGUUUACCUCACCGGACGAAAUUCGAACUCAACCAUCAUAGUAGUCAUGUGUAUCACGUGGGGAUGUAA